AACAGUGUGCUAUUAAUGUUAAAAAAUUAUUAUUUAAGUAUAUUUACUGCUAAUAGAAAACUUUUAUUCAAAUUGUUACUGAACAUACCUCUGAAGAGUACCUAAUAAUGAGUGAACACAAGAUAGAAAAGCUACAAGAAGUGUUGAGUGGUUACAUUAAGAAGAGUCAAAUAAUUUCAGACAAGAAAAUUACCAACUUGACUGCCCCCGGAGAAAACUUUGGUAGUGUAAUGUUAAAAUUGGAUAUAACCCUGAAGGACGAAAAAGAUGGUACGGAAGAGGAACUACAUGCUGUGGCUAAAAUGAUUCCUGCUAGGGAGUCUCAAAGAACGCUGUUCAACAUUCAAGUGACUUUUAAGAACGAAAUUGGUAUGUAUAACGUUAUCGCACCCACACUUCGAGAUUUCCAAAGGGAAAACGGGAUAAAUCAAGUAAUUGACUGUUUCCCGGAAUUUUACGGGGCUAGGAUAAAUCUAGAUGAACGAAAUGGCACUGUAGAUGAGGAUGCAGUUCUUAUACUGGAAAAUCUCAGUAUUAAAGGAUAUGGAGUCGUAGAUCGCCACGUUGGAUUCGACCUAGAGACGGCCCAGUUAAUACUCAAAGACCUGGCAGCUUUCCAUGCUAUACCACUGGCUCUGAAACUGAGAAAACCAGAAGUGUUCGAAAGCAAAAUCAGGCCGUAUCUGGCUCGAUUCGUACGACCUUCUUCGCCUCAUAAUGAACAAUUAUAUUCAACAUUCAUUGAAAUCUUUCAGGAGUCAAACAAAUGUGUGCCUUGGAUGCCAAAAAUGAAAGAGGUUUUAAAAAUCAAUGAAACACUGCAAAAUGCAGCACCAAGAGAACCGUUUUCAACCAUAAUCCAUGGGGAUGCGUGGGUAAAUAAUAUCAUGUUAAAAUUUCAGAACCGACUACCAGUUGGCGACAAAUUAAUUGAUUUUCAAAUUUGCGACUACAAUUCUCCAGCCAUAGACGUGUUCUUCUUUCUCUUCACAAGCGUUCAACUGUCGGUGCUUCAAGACAAUUUCGACGGUUUGAUUGAAUUUUAUCACAAACAUUUCAUUUCCCAUUUGGAGAAGUUGAAAUGCGACACAGCUCCUUUCAGUUUACCUAAGUUUUUAGAAGAAAUGAAAGCCGCGACGCCAUUCCACUUAUUACACACUAUUUUCAUGUUACUGCUUGUAGUAUUUGGGAAGAAGGAGGGUUCUUCGAUAGAUUUUGAUCCGGAGCUUCUUCUUGAAAACGACAGAGUUAGGGCAAACAUAAUCCCGGCUGGGAAGGAAAAAGUAUGGUAUCUAAUUCACACAUGUGGCACAAGAGGAUGGCUAGAAUAAAAUUAACACUUUUAAAAAUUGGUAUAAGUAUAGGGUGAUAUUCAGCAUUUUUGGAGCGUUUAUUAGGUAUAUUUCCCGAAGAGACAAAAAAUAGUUAGACAGUAUAGGUAAUUUAAGAAAAAAAUGGAAACCAUGGUAUCUCAAUUACAGAACGUUUUCCAUUAUUGGAAGUUUUCCAUAAUGCCUAACAACUUUUUCAUUUAUGAAAUAUUUUUAUUUAUUUAUUAUACAAAAAAUCCAGUGAAGUAAACAUUUUUCUAGUACGGACUUCCAGUCCUCUACUUUUUUUUAAUGAAAAUACCUUUAUACUUUUAAAUGAUGUGUAACACAAGGAAUAUAUACAUUUAUUUCUGAAAAAAAAAUCAUAAAAAAUUAUUCUUCCAAAUGCAAACUUUCCAAGUAAAUAUCAAACAUCGUAUUUAAUUAUUUUUUGACUAGCUUUUAGGAAAUAAAAAGAGGAGUAAAAGUUGUCCACUCUGUACAGUGUGACUUAAUUAGUAUACGAUAUCCUGGAUCCCAUGUGAUUAUGUAUACCAGAUUCUGUAAAUAAAUUUAAUAUUCUACUUCUGAUUAA